AUGCUUCAAUUACCUAGGCAGAAUUCUCCGGGUCUGGCCCCCUCUCCAGAUCCGGUUCUCUCUGGUCUAGAUCCUAUCCCCACAGGCCACUUGACUGCACAGGUGCCAAUGGGGGUACAAGCACAGCUUCCUGUUUUUAGGACGUUCCAUCACAAUGUUAUAUGGCAUCUUUGGACUAUUCUUUCAGUCGCCACAUCAGUCGUCCUUAUUUACCUCAACUUAAUCGAUCACGUAAUCGGCCUAGAGCUUGGUCGGACGAAAAUCGAGACGAAGGCCAUACUCAACAUCCUUCUAUUCGUUGCAAAGGCCCAUGAGAUUGCCAUUGUGCUCAGUCUCGCCAAUCUAGCACGCCAGUUAAUCCAGAGCUCACUCAUCAGUAAGAAAGGGACGAUACUUGCGCUUGUCGGGGCCGAGCAAGUGACCGCAACACCAAGCAUUCUCAUCUCGAAUGGCUAUCGAUCGGCGCUCAAGUAUGGCUUACGUUAUUUCAGCGGCCCGAGCCGAAACGAGAGUAAAACCGUUAGGAGCAGGAGACGGGCAGUUUUGAUUAUAACAGGAUUCCUCCUCAUUGCCGCCGUUCUCUGCGCAACAGUCGGCCCUUCGAGCGCGGUGCUCAUGAUACCAGCUCAACACUGGUUCUUGCAGCAAACAUUGACCCAGGACAAAAUCAUCGAAAACUGGAACCAAUCUUCAAUUUCCACUUUCGACACGGGCGUUAUACGACCAGGUCAUCCUUACAUAUUCCUUAGCCCGCUCGACGUAAACGGUUCUUCGACGUAUACAAGUACCAUGUACUGGAACGAUACAGGCACUCAUUGGAAAAAUCGUGGAUCCGAAACCGCAUUCGGGAGUAGCAACCCUGAGCUAUACGUCCAGGACCUUCCUCAGGUAACGCAUAUAUUUGACGCUUUCUCACACCGGUUGUCGGUAAACAGCAGCACAACUGCAACCCUGAAUCGCACAUUAAAGGUAGACUCCGAGUGGAAUGGAGAGACAAAGUUUGAAACUCUGAUGUAUGAUGAUGUUGCCUACGUAGGCCAAGGGAACAUCACAUACAGGCCUUCCCGCGAGAAUAACGCCUCACCGACACAUUUCGUAGCCACAAUCACGGCUGUAACAUCCUCGGCGGUGUGUAGACGAGUGCUGAGGUUAUCUUGCGACAGCCAGCCAACAACACCCAUAACCAAUCCCACCACAGCCACUGAGUGGUGUUUUCAAGCUCCCACAACGGAGGACUUUGACGGCAAUAAAUUAUUCACAAACAAAGAUCUUCUACUUCUUGUCGAUUACCCCCAAAACGCUUCCGGCCAGAGAGAAACGAAUGAACAAGAGACCUGGCUCCCCAGGUUUCACAUCACCGAGGGUCCCGGUCUCCCAUCUCACAGCGAUUUUACCGACUCUAUUCUAUUCGUAUUUGAAUUUGCGGAAGACCUCAUUGUCUGUUCAAAUAAGGCGUCAUUGACGUCUGCAACGGCAACCCUAGCCGGCCAGGUUUACGAUGUCUACCAAGCCGAGUAUCAUUCGAAUCUAGUGUAUGAGUACGCCAACAGGUCUACUUUUGAGAAAACAUCACCAAACUUCACCUUUCGCAAGGGCUGGUUGGAUUACGAACACUCACUUGGAGAAUAUGGGGUGCCCAGCAAUGCCUCCACCUCGAAAGCGAAUCUGACUCGUUCUGACCGUGGAGCGACGAAAAGCGAAGAUUUUCGGCUAUGGGCGGAAAGACUGGUGAAUUCAACCAACAAUAGGAGGCUGCCGAUAUGGCAACCGCUGGCCACCGGACUCACUCCGGAAGAGCUAAAAAUCAAGAACGAUCAGCUCGCGGGAAAUAACAUGGCACAAUUGACCGACCUUAUUGAAGCCUCAACGGUAGAGGUGGUUGUGGGUGGGCCCUGGAUCACCUUACUGUCCUUACUGGAUCGCAGUCUAAGCCAGUAUGUGCUGGUGCACGAUGAUUACUCCUACUACUACGGCAAGAACAGCCCCGUGCCCAAAGAAUUGUUCGCUCCUGGCUCACUUAUUGAGAAGAUUGAUGACUAUCGUUCUUUUGUCUAUUCACCAGUUCGGGUGCAGCACUUUCUUUAUGGGUACAUGGUGGUAGGCAUAACAGGAAUACUCGCAAUAGCUGUACUGAUGACAUAUAUGGUUGUCGCUUGCUGUGGUUCAAUCUGGCAGCUUUCCCGGGGAGGUGAUGUGAUAAUAGCCUGGGGAUCUGUCCCUGAGUACCUGUUGCUAGGAGAGAGCACUGCUUCAGAACUGGGGAGAUUGGGGUACGCAGAUGUUGGGGGAGAGAUAUGA